GAGGGCGAGUCGGCGGCCAGGUCAGGCGCUUGCUAGCGGCACGAUGCAGCCUCAGCUGGUGCUCACUUUCUCCGCGUGCGUCCUGCUCGGCUGGGAGGUGCUGGCCGGUGGCACCAGUGGCGGCGACCGCGGGGGCGCGGACUCGGGCGCCGGGCACCGGGCAGGAGAGGCGCUGCCGCCGUUGGAGAUCGACGUACUAGUGCUGCUGCCCCAGGACGACUCGUACCUGUUCUCUCUGGCCCGGGUGCGGCCGGCCAUCGAGUAUGCGCUCCGGAGCGUGGAGGGCAACGGGACGGGGCGGCGGCUGCUACCGCCCGGCACCCGAUUCCAGGUAACCUACGAAGACUCGGACUGCGGCAACCGUGCGCUCUUCAGCCUGGUGGACCGAGUGGCCGCGGCGCGGGGUGCCAAGCCCGACCUCAUCCUGGGGCCAGUGUGCGAGUACGCAGCGGCGCCAGUGGCCCGGCUGGCGUCGCACUGGGACCUGCCCAUGUUGUCCGCCGGGGCACUGGCCGCCGGCUUCCAACAGAAGGACACCGAAUACUCGCACCUCACGCGCGUGGCGCCUGCCUACGCCAAGAUGGGCGAGAUGAUGCUCGCCCUGUUCCGCCACCACCAGUGGAGCCGCGCCGCGCUGGUCUACAGCGAUGACAAGCUGGAGCGGAACUGCUAUUUCACCCUCGAAGGGGUCCACGAGGUCUUUCAAGAGGAAGGCUUGCACACGUCCGCCUACAGUUUCGACGAGAGUAAGGACUUGGACCUGGACGACAUCGUGCGCUAUAUCCAGUCCAGCGAGCGAGUCGUCAUCAUGUGUGCGAGCGGCGACACCAUCCGGAGCAUCAUGCUGGCGGCGCACCGGCACGGCAUGACCAGCGGAGACUAUGCCUUCUUCAACAUAGAGCUCUUCAACAGUUCUUCCUACGGAGAUGGCUCGUGGAAGAGAGGAGACAAACACGACUUUGAAGCUAAGCAGGCCUACUCAUCCCUCCAAACAGUCACCCUACUGAGGACAGUGAAACCUGAGUUUGAGAAGUUUUCCAUGGAAGUGAAAAGUUCUGUUGAGAAACAAGGACUCAAUGAGGAGGAUUACGUUAACAUGUUUGUCGAAGGAUUCCAUGAUGCCAUCCUCCUCUACGUCUUGGCUUUACAUGAAGUGCUCAGAGCAGGUUACAGCAAGAAGGAUGGAGGGAAGAUAAUCCAGCAGACUUGGAACAGAACCUUUGAAGGUAUUGCCGGCCAGGUGUCCAUAGAUGCCAACGGAGACCGGUAUGGGGAUUUCUCUGUGAUCGCCAUGACCGACACGGAGGCGGGCACCCAGGAGGUCAUUGGUGAUUACUUUGGGAAAGAAGGUCGUUUUGAAAUGCGGCCAAAUGUAAAAUAUCCUUGGGGACCUUUAAAGCUGAGAAUAGACGAAACCAGAAUUGUGGAGCAUACAAACACCUCUCCUUGCAAAUCAUGUGGCCUAGAGGAAUCUGCUGUGACAGGCAUCGUUGUGGGAGCCUUAUUAGGAGCUGGUUUGCUAAUGGCCUUCUACUUUUUCAGGAAAAAAUACAGAAUAACCAUUGAGAGACGAAACCAGCAAGAAGAAAGCAACAUUGGAAAACAUCGGGAGUUGCGGGAAGAUUCCAUCAGGUCCCAUUUUUCGGUGGCUUAAAGGAAGUCUUUUUUUUUUUCUCCCUACUCGAGAUUCUUGAAGGAGAUAGAUGGGAUGAAAGACAUCAAUGGCAUGGAGGGGGCACUCUUGAAGAACUCAUUCUUUCAUGCAGUUAGUCAUUUUUGUUUUAAAAUCUCUUUAGAAGCUCAGGAACAAUGGGUAAUCACCGUAAGCCCUCAUGGCCUUUCAUCUCACGACAUGACAAAUAGAAAGAGAUAACGUCACUCUGUUAGCUGUUCAUACUGUUUCAGGGGUAGAUAAUUAGGUUUAUGGUUUUAAAAUCUGAUGUCUCUGUAUAGCUGGGUGGCUGUGGGGGACAUUUUUCACACUAGGCUAGGAAAAGCGGCUUUCUUCAAUGAAAUGACUGAUAGAAUAAAACCAUUGGGCAAAUAGAAUAUUCUUGGAAAGAAUUUAACACUGCCUGGAAGAGGAGAAUGUAAUAGAAAAUUGCAAGGUUGAGAAU